UAUCCUUGUUUUUCAGGUUGCUGUGUGGGCCAACGACGGCGAUGCCGUGUUCAUCCGGGAGUUCACUCUGAUUCGACGGGAUCACCUUCCUGAAGAGCCCCUCCACGACGGCAGCCAAAACCCAGAAGACCCGAGCUCGCGGACGGCCCGAUCUGAGGAGGACCGAGACACUCUGUGGGACGCCUGGGGGUCGUGGAGUGAAUGUUCUCGAACCUGUGGCGGAGGAGCAUCCUACUCGCUUAGAAGAUGCCUCAGUUCCAAGACCUGCGAAGGGCAGAAUAUCAAAUAUCGCACAUGCAGUAAUGUGGACUGCCCUCCAGAUGCCGGCGACUUCCGAGCCCAGCAGUGUUCGGCUCAUGCAGACGUGCGCUACCAGGGUCAGUACCACGAGUGGCUGCCGUUGUACAACGACCCGGACAACCCCUGCACUCUCAAAUGCAAAGCCAAGGGUUCGGGCCUUGUGGUGGAGCUGGCGCCCAAAGUGCUGGACGGAACGCGCUGUUACACCGAGUCCUUGGACAUGUGCAUCAGUGGAGUCUGCCAGAUUGUCGGUUGUGAUCAUGAGCUGGGCAGCACAGCCAAGGAGGACAACUGUGGCGUCUGCAACGGAGACGGCUCAUCCUGCAGGCUUGUGCGAGGGCACUACAAAUCCCAGCAUGCUUCAGGAAAAACUGAGGACACGGUGGUCGUCAUCCCGUUUAAGAGUCGCCACGUUCGUCUCGUCCUGAAAGGCCCGGAUCACUUGUAUGUGGAGAGUAAGACUCUACAGGGGGUGAAAGAUGAAUUGGCCUUGGAUAAGUCAGGGCAGUACCACCUGGAGAACACCAGCCUGGACUACCAGAAGCUUUCCGAUAAAGAAGUCCUGAGGAUCACCGGCCCACUCGGGGCUGAUUUCACCGUCAAAGUGCAGUUCGCCAGUGGAGCCGACAGCGUGAUCCAGUACAUCUACUACCAGCCCAUCAUCCACCGCUGGAGGGAGACCGACUUCUUCCCGUGUUCUGUCACAUGCGGCGGAGGUUACCAGCUGACCUCAGCGGAGUGCUUUGAUCUGCGGAGCGGCCGGGUGGUUGUGGACCAGUAUUGCCAUUAUUACCCAGAGAACGUCAAACCCAAACCCAAACUGCAGGAGUGCAACAUGGAGCCCUGCCUGGACAGUGAUGGCUACAAGCAAAUCAUGCCAUAUGACCUCUACCACCCGCUGCCUCGAUGGGAGAGCAGCCCCUGGACGGCCUGCUCCACCUCCUGCGGCGGCGGCAUCCAGAGCCGCUCGGUGUCUUGCGUGGAGGAGGACAUGCAGGGGAACAUCACCCCCACAGAGGAGUGGAAGUGUCUCUACUCCCCGAAAACGGCAAUCCUGCAGCCCUGCAACACCUUCGACUGCCCCACCUGGCUGGCGCAGGAGUGGUCACCUUGUACGGUGACGUGCGGUCAGGGGCUGCGCUACAGGGUGGUGCUGUGCAUCGAUCACCGAGGGCUCCACGCCGGAGGAUGCAACCCCACCACCAAGCCCCACAUCAAGGAGGAGUGUCUGGUGACGGUGCCCUGCUACAAGUCCAUAGAUACGCUCCCCGUUGAGGCGAAACCUGUGUGGCAUAAGCAGGCCAUAGAGCUGGAGGAGGAAGUCACCGUGACGGAGGAACCGACCUUCAUCCCUGGUCCCUGGCAGCCCUGCAGCAGGACAUGCGGCGCCGGGACCCAGCAACGGACCGUCAAGUGCCAGGUGCUGCUGUCUUUCUCCCAGACCGUGGCUGACCUGCCCGAUGACGAAUGCGAGGGGGUGAAGCCUGCUACGAGCCAGCCUUGCUACCGGACUCCCUGCUCUGGCCAAGGAGGAGACGGCAAACAGGAGGAGGAAGAAGAAGAGGACACGACUCCGCAAAGAGAGGAGCUGCACGACUGGGAGUACGAAGGCUUUACGGAGUGCUCAGAGAGUUGUGGGGGAGGUGUGCAGGAGGCCGUGGUCAUCUGCCUGAACAAGCAGACCAGGGAGGCAGCGGACCAAACCCUGUGCGUGAGCUCUCGCCGUCCCCCCCAGCUCCUCCAGGACUGCAAAACUCAGCCCUGCCCACCCAGGUGGGACACAGGGGAGUGGAGUUCAUGCUCUGCUACCUGUGGGGUUGGUCUGAUGACCCGGACCGUGGCGUGCACUCACCGGCCCUCUCGGAACAGCAACCACACUGCGGUUUUAAAGGACGAAGACUGUCCGAAGCCCAAACCCAGUCCCGUCCAGGCCUGCAACCGCUUCGACUGCCCUCCGAUGUGGGACAUGCAAGACUGGGGACAGUGCUCUCAGAGCUGUGGUGGUGGGGUUCAGAGGAGGCAGGUACUGUGCAAACAGCGGCUGGCGGAUGGCAGCAUCCUGGAGAUGCCUGAGACCUUUUGUCCAUCCAAGAGCCCCACAAAUCAGCAGUCCUGCAGCAAACAGGACUGUCCACCUCAGUGGGUCACAAAUGACUGGUCCCAGUGUUCGGUGACCUGUGGAAACGGCAUUCAGACGAUGCAGGCCAUCUGCAGGAAACAAGGGGAGAAUGGACGAUAUUUGACUGUAGACCCGAAGAACUGCUCCUUGACAGCCAAACCCAUCAGAGUCCGGCCAUGCUCCCUCAAGCAUUGUGAAAACCCCAUCAAGCCUGAUCCCACUAUCCUGGCACAAAAUAAGGUUUAUAUCCAGUGGAGGAAAGGCAAGAAGAUACAGUUGGUUGUUGGAGGUUAUGCCUACCUCCUGCCCUGGACAACUGUGGUCCUUCGCUGCCCGACACGAAAUUUCCGAAAAGGUCACGUCCGAUGGUUAAAGGAAGGAAAGACCCUGUUCAACCUCCCACACCUCUCCAUAACAUCACUGGGAUACGUGAAGAUCCAGCAGGUUCGUGCAUCUGAUGCCGGGAUAUACACAUGCAUCGCAGGCCAGGCACGAGAACAUUUUGUUCUACAGAUCAUUGGCAGCAAGCAAAAACUGUCUGUUCCGGAGUCGUGGCUUCUUGAAAGUGGACAACAAAAGGUUGGAAGGCAAGAUGUGACCUCAACUAGAGAAAGAUUGCAGGAGCUACCCAUCUCCCUUAACAAAUACGACAACAUUGUUGAGCAUUUGCUUGAACUCAAGGGCUCUGUCCAAGAUGAAAAAUACCUUGCUGACAAACCACACUCGAGUGAGAAGAACAAGUCAAAUCUCGAGGAUGAGAAAGCGAGCUCAGAACUUUCCAUCCCAGUUGUGCUCAUUGCUGAUACCCACAGGCUGGACGAGAUCAUGCACAACCUCUCUGAAGGCCUCGGAGGACCUCGAGGGGAACAACUCAUCGCUCAGUUGCUCAGCGAGCUCACCACGACACAGGGCGAAACCAACGAAUCUACUCUUCACCCUCCGGAAAGUGCGGAAUCUUCCACCCAAGGACCACUCCUGUAUAAACCAACCAUCAAAGCCCACACGUCCAGAGCGAGGAACCCGGUGAUAAUCCAACGGUCCAAGAAGGUUGGAGUGGCACCACUAUCUGAAAUCGUGGUUUAUGUGGGGAUGCCGAUUUUGCUGCAGAAACCAGUUGCCACCUUGGUGCUGAGGUGUGAAGCGCUGGGGAACCCUGAACCAUCCAUAACGUGGACCAAGAAUGGAAAAGAGUUGCACUACAAUAGCAGAGUCGGCCUGUUGCCCUCUGGCUCGCUGAGGAUCCAGUCUCCAGGGAAAGGCGACGAGGGUUUUUACACCUGCACUGCCAGGAGCCGACUCGGAAGUGCAUCUCUUUCAUCUUGGCUGCAGAUUACAGGUGCCAAAGGAAGAAGUUGCGUUCAAGGUAACGUCGUUGGAACAACUGGUUCUGCUUGUUCUGAGAGGAGUAACAGCAGCCAGUCGGUUGAGCUGUGCCAAGGACAAGCCUGCCCCCUCAGGUGGCGGGUGGAUGCUUGGUCGCCGUGCUCGGCCACCUGCGGAGGUGGAACCCAGACGAGGAGCGUCCGCUGCAUGAAGGGUCCUCAGGUCAGAUCAAGACAGGCAGAGAACAGGCAGUGCCUAGGAACAGGAAGGAGACCCUCCGAUACCAGGAUGUGCAACCUGCUGCCCUGCAGCAGAUGGGCCACGACCUCCUGGGGGCUGUGCCAUGGUCAGUGUGUUGGUCCCAGUGUGGCCACACAGCAUCGCCAUGUUUACUGCCAAGACACAAACGGCACCAAAGUCCAGUACAGGAUGUGCAGCGGGCUCCAGAGGCCAAGCUCGGUGAAGAACUGCUCCACUGAGGCGUGCACUCUCCAGUGGCGUGUCGGCCCGUGGACACAGUGCACGGCCACCUGUGGACGUCAUGGCUUCCAGUCGCGUCAGGUCACCUGCACGCACCUGCGGACGGGCAAGGCCACGAGGGAACAUCACUGCAUGUGGAGGCCUCGGCCGCCCAGCUGGCAGCGAUGCAAUAUUUUGUCCUGCGGCAGAGCAGGAGAGUGUCGAGACAGCACGAGGUACUGCGAGAAGGUCCGGCAGCUGGAGCUCUGCCCGCUGCCUCAGUUCAAGAGCCGCUGCUGCUACUCGUGCAGAAACACCUGAAGCAGCGGAGCGACACGGGGGGCCGCGGAAAACCUGGAGAGGUCAGGGAAGGUGCCAGCGGAGACUUGUAACCUCUACAACCCGUCCUAACUUCACCGAUCAGUCGCGGACGGGGACAAACGAGCGCGGGGGGAACGUUUGGUUUCUCUCUCCCUCAACGACGCCACGCGUGGGUUUGAAUUUGAAAGCAUCGAGACAUGUCUGUUAACGGGGGGCUUCAGUUUUUACUUGUACUUUUACUUUCUGAAGUCCGUGACAGCAGCUUUUCUUUUUCAAAUUGUGAAACCUAAGAGACAUUUCCACUGUGAGCAGCAGAGGCCUGUGGUUACCGCAUGGUUUCACAAAGGGGAACUCAAGGCAUGUAAAAACUGACCAUCGACCCGGAGUCUUGUGUAGUUUCAGGGUUUUCCCUACAAACAAUGCUCGCUACCAAGAAAUUUCACAUGAAACUUGACAUGAAAUGUAAUUACAAUUAGACAUGUUUAAAAAAAAAUUGAUUGACUUCCUACCCUGGAAUUCUGGGUAAAACUCCCCCGGAGCUUGUGAUAACCACUGGAUAGUUGUGUGUUUGUCUUUACUGCAGUUGUCUCCGAGCAGCAUUGUUAAAUAGUUUUGAUGCUAAACGAGCUUUUAUUAACACAGUGGGCAUGAUGCUGCUUAGAAACGGGAAAUAGCUAACAUGACUAAAAGCCUAAUGUUUUAUAAACGGUAUCAGCCACCUGGGAAAUAAAUUAUGGUCUGUGCUGAGUAUGUGUCGACCGCAGUGACCGGUCGUUUAAAGCAGAAAGGAAUUAGGACCGCAGGUGUUUAAAGCACAGUUUCUGGCAGAAUACGACGUCGGACACUAUAUCGAUUUCUCUUGCAUGGGUUGCACUAUAGGAGGUGUAUGACUGAAGCAAAUAAUGUUUUGUAAAAAGAAAAAAAAAAGAAAAAAAGACACUUAUUUUGCACUCAGAACUCAUCCAAGUCUUUGUUCAGAACAUGGCUUGCAGAGUUUUUUGUUGUUGUUGUUUUUAAAUCUAGUUUGUAAUGUUCCAUAGUUUAGAUGUUGUUUUUGUGAUAUUUCUUGAGAAGAUCUUCGUCAAAAUGUCCCUUUAACCACUUUGUGGCGUUUAAACAUGAACAGAUCUGAUUAAAACCCAGCUCAAACCGUCCAAUAAAUUAUAUUAUUUUUUCAUUAGACUGACUUUUAAGUGGGGAAAAAAAGCAGCGUUCACCUUCGAGAACAUAUUUUAGUGACAGAUCAACCAGUAGGGAGCUUCAUAAAGGUCAUUAGUAACGUACCAAUGCCGGGUACAGUCAUUACUGCACUUUUGACAUUACGUCCUGGGCUUCACAACCUGUUUCUGGAGACUACUUGGCCUUUCGUCGAGGUGUGUUUAUCUGAGAUCACCAGAGGAAAAAUAUCACAUUACGUAUGCUCUUAAGUUAUGUAGAUAUUUGUUUUGUCGUUUUAACUAUUUAUUUUCUUGUGUUCUUGUGUUUUUUUUUUUGUAAAUAAUGUCAGGUUUGGGGUUGUUGCGCUUCCCUGCAGCUGAUGGUUUUGGAUGUGCAUGCAAUGGGGACCCUCUGCUGGUGACUUGAUGUGUUGCUCUUUGCUCAUGCCCGGUUUCUCACUAAAUAAAACCAAAUACAUUCCUUUUUAUAAUCUG